AUGGAUCGAAUAAACAGCUUUCUUGGAAAGAGAGUGAAAAAGAAUGAGAGGACACUUCGAGUGCAGAACAAGAGGUAUAAAAUAACCAAGGAUGACAUUAUGAUGGUUAGAGUAUACAGGAAGUGUAAGAAUGUAUCUGGUACGAAAUUGGCACACGUGGAAAUUAGAGUAGAUGAAAAGGAUCUACCAGUCCUUGAGAAACGAGAUAAGUACUACAAUAAGGAGUUGUAUGAGAAAAGAUUCAUGGAAAAGUAUCAAAGGAAGUGGACUGGGAAGAGAAAGGAGAUUGAAGAGGAAAUAUACGAUAUUUAUGCUGGUGAGAAAUUAUCAGAUUACAAGCAAGAAUGGGUUUACGAUCUAACAGCACAGUACAAUGGAAGAGUAGAGGAUUUGGAGACUAAAGACAUGAGAUUAUUGGAAGAAAUAGCCAACAAGUAUAGAACACCAGUGGAAAAGAGUAUUUCAGUUGAAGAAAUAAUCAAAUACAAAUCAGACAGAAUUGAUUUGGGAGUAUCAGGACAAUUCGAGUUUGGAAUAUCAGAGAUGAGAAAUGGGCAGGUUAGAACGUAUGAUGGUGAGAUCUAUGACAUAAUAUAUGGAAAUAGGCUGAGUGAUGAGAUGAAAACAAGGGCAUUUGAGUACACCUUAUUGAACAAUAUACUGUACAAAAAAGAGAAGGAACUCCUCAGCAAUGUCAUUGAUUGUGAUGUGGAUGGUAAUAGGCUGAUUGUGUUAUAUAAACACAGAAUGGAAGUCUAUGAGAAUGAUAGCAUCGAGAAACCAACUGCUUUGUACAGAUUCAAGAAAGAGAAUUUGUUGAAAGUAAAAUGCAUGAAUCAAUGCAUAUUGAUUGGCACUACGAAUGGAAUAACACGAAUUGAGGAGUCUCAACAGGCGGAUUACACGUUCUUGAACUACGUAGUGGACUUCACAAUGGCUGGACGGUAUAUUUUUGCAAUCAACAACACUAAGAAAAUAGUGUGUAUUGAUAAUAAGAAGGUGAUCAGUGAAAUCUGUACAGGUGGCAUCGGAAGAGGAAUAUCGGUGUAUGAGAGAGAGACUGAGUAUUUGAUAGGUGUAUUGUUCAUUAAUGAGGUGAAAGUGUACAGAAUGAACAAAAUCAGUAAGAAUAUUGUACCAUGCUACGGAAUAGACGGCAGAUAUUCGAAUAUCCGGUGGAAUCCAAACAGGUGCGAGCUGUUUGUGAGUGAAAAGGAGAAGACGACCAUUUUCAGUUGA